AUGCUAAGCUUAGGUAUCAGAUCCACAGUUAGACAAUCAACAAGAACACUCACCCGUUCUUUCCAAACUUCUUCAAGACUCUUACAACAACAACAAUCAAAUGAACAAGCAAAAUUAGAUAUAAAUCCAAAAGAUUUAUCAUGGGUUGAUUUCUUUAAAUUACGUAAAGAACAAAGAAAUAUUAAUGUUGUUAGCUCUGUAUUCACUGCAUUAACUGGUUCUUUUGUUUCAUGGGGUUAUAUCUCAAACAUUGAAAUUGAUCCAACUCAAUUAAUCUUUGGUUUUGAUCCAUUUAUGAUUUUCUUUGCUGGAUUUAUGGCAACAACAGGUGUUGGUUAUCUUUUUGGUCCUGCUUUAGGUGGUGUAAUUUUCAAUUUGAAAAAUAAAUCAAAAUUACCAUUAUUUAAUUCUAAAAAUAAGAUUUUUUUGGAAAAAAUUACACAAAAUAGAGUUGAUCCAAGUUCUCAAAGUUUUUCAAAUCCUGUACCUGAUUAUUAUGGUGAAAAAAUUAAUAGUAUAAAACAAUAUAAACAAUGGUUAAGAGAUAAUAAUGCUUACAAAAGAAAAACAAAAGAAUUUUUAUAA